GGCGGUGGCGGCGGCAGCAGCGGAAGAGGCGUUUAUCGCCACACAAACAGCCCUCUCAUUGAGCCUCUCAGUGUCUACCGCAGUGAUCUUUUGCGCGGUCCUUGCGCUACCACCAAUGGUGCGACCGAAAUCUACAACGUGCAAUCGGAGGUUAGUUCAAAGGAGCCCCAGUGUAGUUUCAAAAAAAUCUCUACUCCAAAGAAGAGGCAAAGUCGUGAACCAAGUGAGCAACCGCCAAUAUUCGGAGCAAAAGUUGCACCACCUCCUACGUCUUCAUCAGAUUCCACGUCGACGCUGACAUUUAAGUCAGACUCUGGACGAUCAUCUUAUCAGCGACAAAAACAGCAGCCUCAAGCCCAGAAGACACAUUGCAGGCAGCGAAUUUACCUGGCGUCCGGCUCUGCCGUUCCCUGCGAGCGAAAGGCACCCUUCAGUGACUCCCGGCGACGUUGCUCCGCGCCACAAAAGACAAAUGUAGAAGUCAACACAAGUUUGGGUAAAAUAAAACGGGCUACUCAAACACCUAUAAGUAACCAAAUAAACGUCGUAGAAAAAAACAGCGAGGGGCAGGCAGACGAGAGUUGUCCGCCUGUGCGUCCACGCCAACUGAGAGAAAGGGUAUGCAAUCUGGACCAAAAGGCUCCCUUAAACGGACGCAAAAGUGGCUGGAAGAUUGAAAGAGGCGGCACUGCCUAUACCUCCCCUGGACAGGAAUCCAAACCGUGCCCCGCUUCCAAGGAGACCCAAUUGCCAAGCCGGAUGGCGCAGUUACAAAGGCGCAAGAACCGCCGUGGAAUUAAGGCUGAGGCCCUGUGUUACCCAAAAGAUUACAAUGAUUCAACAGACGUCGGAGACUCAGUAUGGGAUGAAGCAACGGAAACGUGCUCAGUCUCAGAUCUGGUGGCAGUCUUCGAGGCAAAACUAGCCUAUCAGGACACAUUUAAUGUCUUCAUUCUCGAGAGCAAGGGAACGAUACCGCAAGGCCGGAGUCCCUUGCCGGCUACACCUCUGGUGACCGCAACAACUUCUACUAGUGGAGCUGAAACGCAUAUCCACACCCCGGAAUCCCAAACUGUUGGAGACAUGGCUGCUAGGACCCAGCCGACAUGUGCUCGUCGCUAUAGAGUCCAGCGGACGGAACAGUCGUUAGCUUCCACCAAUUACCUCUCUCCUGCCCUACGUUACAUGCAACGGGCCUCAGCACUCAGCUGCAAUCUUAUCAGCCCUUUACAAUUCGAGCCGAGUCGACUGAGCUCUCCUAGAGAGGAUUGCAAACCUAUUAGCCUGGUUAGACGGAAGUUGGACCAAUCAAAAAUGACCUACUCCGAGAAGCUUGAGGUCACUCCAUUCUUACCUCUGUUGACGGUUUCUGCUUUAUCCACUCCACCGCCGCCGCCAGCUUCUACCGCCGCUGGGAAGCAGAUCGACGAAGAGUAUCGAUCGGAACAUGCACUCACGCCAGACACCCUCCAGCGCAUAUUUCGGUCCACACGAGAGUUCUACUACAAGUACACACCCUCGCCCGCACAGCUGACGAAAUCUCUAGGGACCAGUGAUAUUGAGCAUCAAAUAGAGCCUUCAAGACUAUCAAAGAACACCCCGUCUGGUGAGGAGCCAAUCAGUAUUCUCCCACAAAACGCGACGCAUCCGGAACCCGACGGAAAAUUAGAAGCGGUGACAGCUAACGGAGACCACGAACUGGCUCAUAAGGACCACGGCGGACUGAUCGAUCCAACAAAUAGGACGAAUUCAUCAAACAGAGACGUGCAGUCUGAGGAUCUGGACAUCGAUCGGGAUUUAACUUUGCUUCCGCCUGCGCUGACCUUCCAGACGAGUGUUCAUUGA